AUGUCUGCUCUGUAUGUAGGUGAUCUGCACCCUGAGGUGACGGAGCCCAUGCUUGUGGAGAAAUUCAGCCCUGUAGGAUGCAUUCACUCCAUCAGUCUCUACAGGGACAGGAAGACCGGCUCUUCACUCGGCUAUGCUUUCGUCAAUUUUCAUCAUUGAGCUGACGCUGAGCGAGGAUUGGAAAUGCUCGAUUUUGAACUCCAUGGGCGACCCAUGCAUAUCAUGUGGUCUCAGAAGGAUUCAUCCCUCAAGAACACCGGCAUCGGAAACCUGUCCAUCAGGAAGUUGGACAAGUCAAUUGACAACAUGGUCCUUUAUGACACCUUCUCCACCUUUGGGAAAGUCCUUUCCUCCUAGGUUCAGGCUUAUAACUGUUUGGUUGCUAAUAGCAUCUGUAUAGCAUGAUCAGCAGUUUUUCAACACCUUUUAAAACUCGGUUUGAAAUAAAUUCUGUGGGUUGACAUGACGUGUCUCUCCUGAAGGUUGUAGUUAAUGAGACCAGUUCAAAAGGGUGCAGCUAUGUCCAUUUUGAGUCUCUGGAGGCAGCGAAUAUGGCGAUAGAGCGGCUCAACGGCAAACUGCUGAAUGGCCACAAAGUGUUUAUUGAACGCUUCAAGCCCGUGAAGAGCACAAGGCUGAGGUUUGUCCCCACUCCCAAGUCUUCACAAACAUCUAUAUCAGGAACCUGGGUGAAGUCAUGGAUGACACAAAGCU